AGAACCCAGAAGGUCCUGUUGAAAGUGCAGGUUGGAGAGGCCCUGUUCUGGGGCACACAGACUGGGAGUCCACCGGCAGAAAAGCUUGGAAUCUAGGAAGGCAGCCUUGGAAUUCUGACCCUGGUCCUCCUUUCCAGAGCCCGUUUGCUGAAAAACAGAGAGAAUAAUAUUACCAUUUAACUCGUAGGUUGUUGGAAAGGUUCAACAUAGCAUUUAGGGAAAGCGCCCUGCAGCUGGAGGGAGUCCCGCAUGACAUGAUGUGGUGUGUGAAAGUAUUGAGCAUUUACUAUGUGCCAGCUCUUUCCAAGGCAGCUGCCAGCCCGCUUGGAGCUUCGCAGUGCUGUACUUACUGAGCUGCCCUUAGUGCAAAAAGCAGUCUGUCUCGGAAGGAAACCACUGUCCCCCACUGCCAGGAAAAUGCCAGCCCUUCCCUGAAGGAGCAAGUCCAUUCCCUAGAACCCAGAAACCCCACAUCCGGAGCCCAACUCCGCCACAAACUUGCUCUGUCUUCUCGUUGCUACUCCGGGUCUCCCACAACAAAGGGGCUGGAGGAGAGUUAUCUUUCCCUCUCCCCAAAGCUGGGUCACCUGCUGGCAGAGAAGCCAAGACUGGAAAGACUACUCCAUGGCAGGCCCUUCCUGAACCCCUAAUAGCAGUCAACCUCAAAACGAAACAACAAAACCCUAAACCCACUUGGUUCCCACUCACAGCAAACCCCAUAUGACAGGGUAGAACUGCCCCCUGUGGGUUUCUGAGACUGUAAAAUCUUACAUCUUUAGAAUCUGACAGCCCAGGAUCCGGAAGCAGGUGGGCAUUUCCUUACUCUGUGCCUUCUCCCCCACCAAAGCACGGCACCUUUCCCCUCUGGUGUUGGCACCUGCAGCGCCAGCAGGCAGCGUGGCUUCCUAGUCCCUUGAACCUCAUUGUGGCUUGAGCCUAGGGUGGAAUUCAAGGUAGGAGCUCAGGGACAGGCAGGCCGGCUCUGUGGUGCCUUUGCCUCUCCUGACACCCCGUCCCUGAUGUCAUAACUGGGUAACUAUGACAACCUUUGGUGGGACAGCUGAGCACUUCACAGAAGAACCUAGGACCCUCAUUUCUGAAGUGAGAUUAGGAAGAGGAGAUGAACAAUUCCCUGGAUUACCUGGCCUACCCUGUCAUCGUCUCUAAUCACAGGCAGAGCACAACCUUCAGGAGGAAGCUGGACUAUGGCCACUACAUAUGUCACAAGAAUAGAAUACAAAUAGUGAAACCUGCUGUUGACACCAACCCCCCCAUGACGCACACAAACCACAUCUUAAAACUGAGCAAACUACAGGGUGAACAAAAGAAGAUCGACAAAAUCGAAUAUGAAAAUAAGCAACUGUGUCAGAAAAUCGCUAAUGCCCACCGGGGCCCCGCCAAGGUGGACUGCUGGAACGAGUAUUUUUCCAAGAGCUUAAACCGAGAAGCAAGGAACCGGGAGCUAGUGAGAAUCACCGUGGAAAAUCAGGGCAUUCUGAAGAGGCUCGGUGACCGCAAACCCCACUACGACCGCAGGGCAUCUGAGAUAGACUGGCAGAACUCAAGACGCUACAUCAGAAAUACGACAAGGUAUCUUCUCUCCCAAGAUGAAUAGAGCCACAUGCAUGUCCUGAAAGAGCCGCACGGGGCUGAAAGCCCGUUUGUGGGCCCCUGUGCCUUUGUCAGCUGUGCCGUGUGUUGGCUCUGUGCUUGGCAACUGUUUCCUCCCAGGCUAUGCCGCCUUGCCUCCUCCUUACCAGGGCAAAGGCUUUUCACUUUGAUGAAGCCCAGUUUAUUGAUGGAACACUUGUUUAUCUGACCUAUAUCAAUGUUAGUAUGCUAGCUUUGAGAUUAUAUUAUAGGCUUGCAAAAUGUAACUGGGGGGGCGGGAGUUGGAUAAGAGUACAUGGGAUGUUGUAUAUCUGCAUGUGAAUCUGUACUUGGCUCACAAUAAAAGAUUAAAUUAAA